CGACUGUAGCAGGAUCGAGUUCCGUCAAGUCGAAAAGUCCUCAACAUGGCCGAUUCCCAAGUCACCCUGCGCACGCGCAAGUUCAUUCGCAACCCCCUCCUCGGUCGUCGCCAGAUGGUCGUCGAUGUCCUCCACCCCAACCGCGCCAACGUCUCCAAGGACGAGCUCCGUGGCAAGCUUGGCGAGCUGUACAAGGCGAAGAAGGAGGAUGUUUCCGUCUUCGGCUUCAAGACACACUUCGGUGGCGGCAAGAGCACCGGCUUCGCUCUCGUCUACGACAGCAACGAGGCCAUGAAGAAGUUCGAGCCCCGCUACAGGCUAGUCAGAUACGGCAUGGCCACCAAGGUCGAGAAGGCCUCCAGGCAGCAGCGCAAGCAGCGCAAGAACAGGAUGAAGACGUUCCGGGGCACAGCCAAGACCAAGGGCGGCAAGAAGGACAAGAAAUAAGCGGGUGCAUCAUAACGAUGACUACGAAGGUCACGGUCGGAGUGGAAUGGCGGGUUCUCUGGAACUGGUUCGCCUGGUCUUUCAUCACGGUGGACUCGGAGUCUCAGCGGGCAUCGGCAUCGUGUACAACUACGAACGCCUGAAAAACUCUUGCGGAUAGGAACAGCAAGAUGGGUGGCGUUUGAGAUUCAUUGUCUGCUAACCCUCAAUGCAUAUCAUGGACCUUUCAAUUCUUUACGAAUUUGCCGCUUUGGAUGAUUUAUCAACUUUUCUUUAACCAUUUGCUCUCUCCGUCUUAAUCACGCACAUUUCACAACCUAUGCUUGCGACUUUGUCCCUUUCCCCACACGAUACCAUGGUCUGGAAACGCGCGCUUGUCGACCCCUACCCCCUAUCGUUCUUUAUCAAAACCUGCAACGUGUGGUGAUACUUUCUAUGUCCUCACUCCCAGAUCGAUCUCUC